ACCCUCCUUGCGUUCCUUCACCCUCCUUGCGUUCCUUCACCCUCCUUGCGUUUCUUCACCCUCCUUUCGUUCCUUCACCGUCCUUGCGUUUCUUCACCCUCCUUGCGUUCCUUUACCCUCCUUGCGUUCCUUCACCCUCCUUGCGUUCCUUCACCCUCCUUGCGUUCCUUCACCCUCCUUGCGUUCCUUUACCCUCCUUGCGUUCCUUCAGCCUCCUUGCCUUCCUUCACCCUCCUUGCGUUCCUUCUCCCUCCUUGCGUUUCUUCACCCUCCUUGCGUUCCUUCACCCUCCUUGCGUUCCUUCACCCACCUUGCGUUUCUUCACCCUCCUUGCGUUUCUUCACCCUCCUUGCGUUCCUUCACCCUCCUCGCGUUCCUUUACCUUCCUCGCGUUCCUUCACCCUCCUUGCGUUCCUUCAGCCUCCUUGCGUUUCUUCACCCUCCUUGCGUUUCUUCACCCUCCUUGCGUUCCUUCACCCUCCUUGCGUUUCUUCACCCUCCUUGCGUUUCUUCACCCUCCUUGCGUUCCUUCACCCUCCUUGCGUUCCUUCACCCUCCUUGCGUUCCUUCACCCUCCUUGGGUUCCUUCACCCUCCUUGCAUUCCUUCACCCUCCUUUCGUUCCUUCACCGUCCUUGCGUUCCUUCACCCUCCUUGCGUUCCUUUACUCUCCUUGCGUUCCUUAACCCUCCUUGCGUUCCUUCAGCCUCCUUGCGUUCCUUCACCCUCCUUGCGUUUCUUCACCCUCCUUGCGUUUCUUCACCCUCCUUGCGUUCCUUCACCCGCCUUGCGUUCCUUCACCCUCCUUUCGUUCCUUCACCGUCCUUGCGUUCCUUCACCCUCCUUGCGUUCCUUUACCCUCCUUGCGUUCCUUCACCCUCCUUGCGUUCCUUCAGCCUCCUUGCGUUCCUUCACCCUCCUUGCGUUUCUUCAUGCUCCUUGCGUUCCUUCACCCUCCUUGCGUUUCUUCACACUCCUUGCGUUCCUUCACCCUCCUUGCGUUCCUUUACCCUCCUUGCG